AAAUUUGCGUUGUCCGUACAAACUACAAACCAAGCUGCUGUGCUGAGCUGGGGUUUUUUGACUUGAAGACAGAAAAUAAGAGUGUGUUAAACCCUAAGUCCUUUCCCAAGCGGCCUCCUGGUUUCAUCUCACAAGUAAGAGAUUGGUCAAUUCAAUUUCCGCAAUUUGAUUCAACAACAGACAUGCAGAAAAUGAAGGUGGUUGCUUUAGUCAGCGGUGGAAAAGAUAGCUGUUAUGCUAUGAUGAAAUGCAUCCAAUACGGCCACCAGAUUGUCGCCGUGGCUAAUUUAUUACCAGCUGAUGAUUCAGUGGAUGAGUUGGAUAGCUACAUGUACCAAACUGUAGGGCACCAAAUAAUUGUAAGCUAUGCAGAAUGCAUGGGAGUUCCAUUGUUCCGAAGGCGAAUACAAGGAUCCACAAGGCACCAUAAACUUAGCUACCAAAGGACACCGGGUGAUGAAGUUGAAGAUAUGUUUAUUUUGUUGAAUGAAGUUAAGAAGCAGAUACCUUCUGUAACAGCAGUUUCUUCUGGUGCAAUUGCAUCAGAUUAUCAAAGGCUAAGGGUGGAAAGUGUCUGUUCAAGGUUAGGGCUUGUUUCUCUGGCAUAUUUGUGGAAACAAGAUCAAUCAUUGCUUCUUCAAGAAAUGAUAACGAAUGAAAUUAUGGCUAUUACAGUCAAGGUUGCAGCCAUGGGGCUGGACCCUGCGAAGCACUUGGGCAAAGAAAUAGCAUUCUUGGAACCUUAUCUUCAUAAACUGAAAGACUUGUAUGGAAUAAAUGUAUGUGGCGAGGGAGGGGAGUAUGAGACUCUGACUCUUGACUGCCCACUCUUCCAGAAUGCUCGAAUUAUGCUUGAUGACUUCCAAGUUGUACUGCACUCUUCAGAUUCCAUAGCUCCAGUUGGAGUGCUGCAUCCAUUGAAAUUUCAUUUGGAAAGUAAGCAGUCCAACUCAUUAAGUGGUAAUAACAAAACCAAUGAUCUCUGUCGGGAGAAUAUCAGUUCUGUAUUCGAAGUGCAAGGAGUAAACCUGGAAGAAUGCAAAGCUCCAGGCGAGCCUGAUCCUGAAGUUAAUGAUUUGAUUGAAGUUUCAAGUCAUAGGCUUCACCUCUCUAAAACGGAAAAAGAUAAUACAUUUUCUAUUUGUUGUUGGUUGCAAGAUACAUCAGGACCUCCCACAGGUUUGCAAGGAGACCUGAAGCUGAUCCUUAGGCAAAUUGAGUUGCAGCUUGAAGGAUGUGGUUUAGGUUGGGAGCAUGUGCUUUAUAUCCAUCUCUACAUUUCUGAUAUGGAUCAGUUCACUCAGGCAAAUGAGACAUAUGUGAGAUUUAUUACCCAGGAUAAAUGCCCUUUUGGUGUUCCAUCACGAAGUACUAUUGAACUUCCUUUAAUUCAAGCGGGUUUAGGGAGAGCGUAUGUUGAAGUUCUAGUGGCCAAUGAUCAGAGCAAAAGAGUUUUGCAUGUUCAAAGUAUUUCAUGCUGGGCACCAAGUUGCAUUGGACCUUAUAGCCAGGCGACUUUGCAUAAGGAGAUACUACACAUGGCUGGUCAGCUGGGACUCGAUCCACCGACAAUGACUCUAUGUGAUGGUGGCUCAACUGCAGAACUUGAAUCGGCGCUUCAGAACAGUGAGGCAAUAGCAAAAUGCUUUAAUUGUUCAAUUUCUACUUCUGCUAUUCUCUUCGUGGUUUACUGCUCGACGAAUAUUCCAUUAGAUGAGAGACCAAAAAUUCACGACAAUCUGGAUACAUUUGCGAAACAACUUAAGCUGUCUCAUUUGGAUAAAGGGACCAAGCCUGAAGUGCUUGAUCCUAUUUUCCUUUAUAUUCUAGUUCCAGAUCUGCCGAAAAGAGCACUUGUAGAAAUAAAGCCGAUUCUUUAUGUCCCAGAGACUAUGGAAACGCCUGAAGAAACUUCCUGUCAACUUUCUAGCAUAGUGGCACCUACUUCUUUUGGUUUUCAACCUGCAGAUUGGCAUGAUUCAUGUAUUCAGAAAUGUGUCAUUCCCGGAAAGAUAUGUGCAGUGGUUUUGUCAAUCACAAGUGUAGUUGCUAUGAAGAUUUGUUCAGAUUCUAUGAAUGCUGAUUGGAGCAACAACAAUCAUCAGAAUUUUCUCACAGAGAGUCAAAUGAAAAGAAUAUCUAGGUUUUGCAUCUUUCUUCUAAACAAAACCAUUAUCGAAAAUGAUUUUUCUUGGAAAGACACUAUGAGUUUGAGACUCUACUUCCCACCUAACCUUCAUGUGCCUUUGGAGACAUUAUCAAACUUGUUCGCAGAUGGAUUCAAGGAACUUGAUCAGAUGAAUGGUGGUACCAAAGUAGGCGGGAAGCCUAUCUUCAAUCUUGUUCCGGUCCUAGGUGCCGGAAUAUCUGCUGCAUGUACAAAUGAUAUAAUCACCUGUGAGCUGUUUGCUCGGAAAUCUUGAUCCUUUACUUCACUUUGGCAAUUCCAUCAUUUGUUUUCUCCAAGGGAUGGUUCAGUCAUCAAAGAAACUCCUUUCUGAAAGUUAAAACAGCCACACCAAUGUGGUUUGUUCUUGGAUGAAGAGGUAAUGCUUUUGGUCAAUUUAUUUGUUAGAUUUCUUGUCUUUACAAUCAAGUAUUCUUUACAUUUCAAGGAAUCUAAAGAACCUUGGUAAAGUCAAAUUUAAAUGUUAAUUGCAAGAUUUUGUGAUAUAUUCUGAUUGGGAA